CGGCUCCCGGAGCGGCGCCUCCAGUCGCGGCGCCUCCAGUCGCGGCGGAGCGCGGCGUUGGCGCGGAUGGAGGGCGCGAGCGGGCGGCCGCGGCGGCUGCACCCAGCGGGGCGCUGAUGCGGCGCCUGGACCUUCGCUGCUCGACUAGGGGGGCGUCGGCCGAGUGGGCACUCCGCGAUGCAGCUCUUGAAGGCGCUCUGGGCACUCGCGGGGGCCGCGCUCUGCUGCUUCCUCGUCCUGGUGAUUCACGCGCAGUUCCUGAAAGAAGGUCAGCUGGCCGCCGGCACCUGUGAGAUUGUGACGCUGGACCGCGACAGCAGCCAGCCGCGGAGGACGAUAGCCCGGCAGACGGCUCGCUGCGCGUGCAGGAAGGGGCAGAUCGCGGGCACCACCAGAGCCAGGCCCGCCUGCGUGGACGCACGAAUCAUCAAAACAAAGCAGUGGUGUGACAUGCUCCCUUGUCUGGAGGGGGAAGGCUGCGACUUGUUGAUCAACCGGUCAGGCUGGACGUGCACGCAGCCCGGCGGGCGGAUAAAGACCACCACGGUCUCCUGACAAACGCAGCCCCACAGGGGCCCCAGGAGUGACUUUGGCUCCCUGGAGAGGCCACAAUCCUCGGUCGGUCGUGGAUGCCACCCACCCUCUGCCACCCGCCCGCCCUCCGCUUCUCUAGCCUGUCAAGGACAGCCUGCUUCCUCGGCCGCCUGAGCUGAGUCUGUCCGGCCUCCCCGAGGAGUCAGUCCUGGGACAUACAGCAGGGCUGCGCCCCCGGGCGUCCCUGGAACCUGGCCUGGCCUCCCUCCCGGCCGCAGACGAGGAGGCGGAGGCAGCUGCAGCCCAGCCAGCCCGAGAGAGGAGGACAGCGCCGGGCCCGGGGAGGACUGAGUCUCGGGCGCAGAAGCGGCCUCUCCUUGUGCCCCAGACUGUCUGAAUCGCUUUUAUUUUCUUAUCCUUUCAGUAUAUUCAAUAGACCAAAGAGCAGAAUCUAUUUUAACGCGACUCGUACUUACCGUCAGAGUCCUGGGUUCGACUGGGGGGCACGGGGGCAGAGACACGCUGGAGAGGCACAGCCCACGAACGCUGCGGGGCCCCCGAGCAGCCGGAGGAUGCGGCCGGAGGACGCACGGCCGGCGACGUCCCCGCGUGGACCCCGCGGGCGCGCCUGGCCGGGAGCACAGCUCGCUGUGCACACCUGCUCCUCCGUACUUAGAUGGACUUCCUCGUACUAAAAUCCCUUUCUGUUUUAACCAGUUAAACACGCCUCUCUGCAGCUCCAUUCUGAUAGUGGGAUAAUCCAGGAUUCGCCGAGAGCAUGUCGGGUCUCCCAUGACUGCUGUCUCAUCCGAUCACCAUUUAGCUCCAGAAAGCAAAUUAAAGAAAGCGAAAGUAACACUUGUUUGAAAGAGAUCAUUAAAUGUAUUUUGCAAAGCCGGAAGUUAUAUAUUUAACAGUUUUUAUAUGUUGUAUAUUUGUAGAAAAUCCUAUAUAACAAUUCAUGUGGUAGCCCCGGCCGUCGUGCAACGUGGGCCGGGGCUGGGGCUUCCCGAAGUCUCUGGGGUGGGCGGGGGGGACCGGCAUCCCGGACGUGGGGGCGCCCGGCACCGCCGAGGGGCAGGACUCUGCGGGCAGCGAGCUGAGGACCAGGGGUGUGGCGCAGACAUGCCGGCCGGUGCUAGCGGAGAGGCCCGUUGCCUUUUGCUGGGUUUGGGUUGGGUGGUCCCUGCCCCCUGGGGCUCUGUUGUGGGAGUGGCCAGUCCUUUGAUCACGCUUCUUCCAACGGAUUUUGUUUCCCUUUUUCUUGCCCCUCUCCUGUUCAUGCAACUUGAGGGCAGUGUGGCCGGCCUCGUCUUCUCAAGCGGACACCCUUAUCUUUCUCAGUCUUCAUGUCAGAGGGUGGAGACAGCGGGGGAUGGGGGAGCCCCCGUCUUCCCACUUCCCUCCUGCAAGGCGGGGUCACCAGGCCCCACGAAUAAGGGACAGGUACGGUUUACCUUCCCCUGUCCACCCUGUGCCAGGUCCCUUUAUUUUCCUGAGUUUCAGCUUAAGUAUGCUACCUAAGAGUCCAAUUAACAGGAGUAUUAUGCUAGGUCUAUGCUACUAAAAAAAAAAAGGAAAAAAAAAACUAUAUAGAAGCUGCUCUAGCCACCCAUAGACUAAAGACAGGAGAGAAAAUCCAUUUAUUUAAGACCCAUUUCAAUGUCCACGAGUAUAUAAUUUACCUUCAGUCACCACAAAUUUAUGGGUACGUGUAUCCUGGGGUAAAAGGACUGGCCGAGGUUGGGGUUUGGCAUCACAGAGGAGGCGGCCUGCGCGGCGUGCUGUCCCGAGCUGGCCAGCCCCAAGCUCCGCGGCCCGGGCUCACCCCGGGGGCAGCGAGGGAGGCCCCGGGAGGGUCGCCCGGCGCAGCGCCAGCAGCCCCACCACCACCACCCUCGCCUGUUCCUUUGGACAGUGCGUGUAGACACCUUCCGAGGGCAGAGGUUGGGAGAUUUGAUAUGUUACAGCAUUUUUCCCCUUGUUUUACAGUAUUCAGUUUUGUGUCGAUUCAGCUAAAUUAUGAAAAUAAAGAA